AGUGUGUCGAAUGAACACGAUGCAUGUGUUGCGACGCCGAAGCAUCAGCCACUAACAACGACGCGAUUCCGACGACGUGGGUGCGUUCUGGGACAGUCACGUCUCCCGAAGCACCUCGGCACUCUCGGGAUCAUCAUCCCUGAUGUGGAAUGAAACGUCAGAAUAUUCGUACGCUAUCACUGAUCGUGUGCACAUUUACGUAUCUGCUUGUUGGUGCUGCCGUAUUCGACGCACUCGAAUCAGACAACGAAUUGCAACAGCGCGCCCUUGUACAGCGAGUGAAAGAAAUGUUAAUGGCUAAAUAUAAUAUGACGAGCGCUGAUUAUGAUGUUUUAGAGGCGACUAUUGUUAAAAGUAUUCCACACAAAGCGGGUUAUCAAUGGAAAUUUAGCGGUGCUUUCUAUUUUGCCACUACUGUCAUUACUACAAUAGGUUAUGGUCACAGUACUCCACUGACGACAGGUGGAAAAUUGUUCUGUAUGUUCUAUGCCCUUGCAGGAAUCCCACUUGGACUUGUUAUGUUCCAGAGUAUUGGUGAACGUAUGAAUACGUUUGCAGCUGGAGUAUUACGGUUUGCCAGAAAGGCUUCCGGAAGAGCGCCAGUGGUUAACCAUAUAGACUUAAUUUUUGUGGCCUUCGGACUGGGCACUUUUCUAAUGGCUUUCGGAGCGUUAGCAUUUUCGAAAUACGAAAACUGGACGUACUUCGACUCUCUUUAUUAUUGCUUCACCACAUUGACCACUAUAGGAUUCGGCGACUUUGUGGCACUUCAAAAAGGAGGAGCACUCCAGAAUCGUCCCGACUAUGUCGUUUUCUCCUUAGUCUUCAUAUUGUUCGGUUUAACGGUGAUUUCCGCAGCGAUGAAUCUUCUCGUGUUGCGGUUCUUGACUAUGAACACUGAAGAUGAACGAAGGGAUGAGCAACAAGCAAAGUUGGCAGCUCGUGGCCUUGUACGAGUUGGUGGUAGGCGAAGAGACUCCGACGACGAUGUGACUAGUCCAGUCGGUCUACCACUUAGUGAUAAUGUAUCUGUGUGCUCAUGUUCCUGUUAUCGAGUUCCCUACCUAGAAGAAGAAGUUCGGCAACGGCAGAACCGAACUUCCGCUGUAAAUACAACAGGCGAAGACGCAAACGUGCGGCAUACCCACUAUGCUACCACGAGCAUAGGACAAAUUAUGGAAGCAACUGUUUACUGUUUGAGCUCAUGUAAACCACUAGGGAAGCAGAAUAACGAGUACAUGAAUUCGUUGUAUGCGCAUGAGACCAGAGAACAAGAGAACAUACCAUGGUGGCAAAGAAACUUCCUUCUCAACCAACCCGUUCUAUUCGGAACAUGGGAUGGCGUAUUUACAACGGUGAUGGUCAACAUUUUCGGAAUAAUCGUGUUCCUACGAAUGGGCUGGAUUGUGGGAACCGCCGGUGUAGCAAACGCAAUUCUGCUUCUGGUUAUCUGUACUGCGCUGGCGUUGAUUACCGUAUUUUCAGCUAUCGGAAUCGUCGAAAGAUGUCAGAUACAGAGUGGCGGUAUCUACUUCCUUGUCUCGCAUGUGCUUGGUGGACGAGUUGGUGGAGCGGUUGGGUUGAUGUACGCUCUCGGUCAGGCAGUCGCAACCGGGUUGGUCGCAGUGGGUUUUGCCGAAUCUGUAGCGCAUCUAUUCGACUCAGAGAGUCGAGUGCUUACUAAAGUGAUUGCUAUCGCGACUCUGAUUGUUCUAACUGGCAUCAACACAGCUGGAGUAUCAUGGGUGGUACGCUUACAGUUGUUACUUCUUGCAUUCCUUGCCCUCGCUGUACUCGACUUCCUCUUCGGGGCGCUUUUCACCUCUGAUCCAAUGCAUGGAAUAUCUCGCUUUUCCUAUGCCCGACUACGAGAAAAUGCCGACCCCAUGUACUCGACCGUCAACUGUACACCCAUCGGAUUUGAUCGUAUCAUCCCGGAUCAGUCGUUUUUCACAGUUUUUGGUGUUUUCUUCGCCAACUUCCUGGGCAUCUUGGCAGGAGUGAAUAUGAGCGGAGACUUGAAAGAUCCUCAUAAAAGCAUCCCUCUGGGAGAGCUGUCAGCUGUCGCAGUGAGUUCGAGUGUCUGUUUCUUAUUCAUCAUGAUCCUCGGAGCAACUGGUGAUCGCCUGAGCCUUAUCUGCGAUAGUCUCAUUUCCGAAAAGGUAGCACUGACCGGAUUUCUAUUCAUGAUUGGUCUUUACAUCUGUUCGCUAUCGUCCACGAUUGGCGCACUUCUUGGCACUCCUCGUGUGCUCCAAGGAAUCGCUGCUGAAGGGAUCAUACCGAUCCUGAACCCAUUAGCGCAAGGCUCCGGACCGAACAAAAAUCCCGUUCUGGCUGGAAUCGUGUUGAUGGCUGUAGCAUCGGUAUUUGUGCUGCUUGGAGAUCUUAAUCAGCUUGCUAUUCUAUCAACAAUGCCAUUUUUGAUUACCUAUGCAUUUGUGAACUAUGCAUACGUCUCAUUGGCAAUGAGCUACGAUCUGCUCACCAUCACUCAUGCAGCGGAAGACAGUGCAAAGUACGGCUCAAUGCAGAAAAUUGGCGAUCUCGACGAACUUUUCCCAGAACGUCAACAUCAGGGUUCAGCUGCAAGCAUUGAAGCCGGUGGUAUCGUAGGCCAACCAGCCACUUGGUACUCAAUGUUCAGCAAUCGUUACAUUGCUUUCGUCGGCUUCCUGGUCAAUCUGCUGAUCAUUCUACUUAUCGAUUUUUGGUUUGCCGUUGCGCAUUUUGCCGUUCUCAUCAUUCUAUACUUCUAUAUCGGAAGGGUUUGCCCACAAUGCAGUCCAGGAAUUUCAACAUUUUCAAUUCCACAUAUGUUUCGCACUGCCUUCUCUUCUCUUGAAGCUAUUGGCGUUUUCAAUAGAGGACCAACUGUUCUUACAAAGGAGGGACCAUCGAAAGACGUGCUCACCGAGCAACUCAACGAAUCAAAUCCGGACUAUCAAGAUCGCAAGCAAUAUCAUCAUGCUGAAAACGUCACACAAGAAUUUGACUAAUCUAGCAGCGAUAGCACUAUCAAAUAGCCAGCGACUCAGCCAAUUACGUAGAUUUCUAUACUGAUCUCUUUGACCUAUCAUUUGCAUUUCCGGGUCUGAUAAAUACUUCUUUUCAAA